GAGGGAGGAAUCCCCGAAGGCCGCUGUCCGUGCACAAAUUUAGAUUUGCUUGCGGAGUUUCAAAGGAAGCGCGCCAAAGUGCUGGGGAAAAGGGGAUUCGUGUUCCCGGAGUAGGUCAAAUGAGUCGUUUGCAGCGGUGACGCAGACUGGUCGGCCAGGACGCCAACGCCCCGGCGGGGCCCUCCGAAGCCGCCGACGCAUGCGAGGCCUCCUCGCGGGGGCGCCCGAGCCGCCCCCGCCAGCCGCACCUCCCCGCCGCGCCGCCGGAAGUGCUCUCCCGACCAGCCGCGCCACGCCGCGGGAAGAUGGCGCAGGAGGCGGGCGACAUGGAAGACGGGCAGCUCUCCGACUCGGAUUCCGACAUGACGGUGGCACCCAGCGACAGGCCGCUGCACCUGCCGAAAGCCCUGGGUGGUGACAGCGCAGUGAAGCCCUUCCAGGGUACUGCAACUGCAUGUGCCCCAGUGUCCCAUUAUCGGACUGUUCAAAGUGUGGAUUCAAGUGAAGAGAGCUUUUCCGAUUCGGAUGAUGACAGCUCUCUUUGGAAACGCAAGAGACAGAAAUGUUUUAAUGCUCCCCCCAAAGCAGAGUCUUUUCCCUUUGGCCAGAGCAGCCAGAAACCACCGGCAGUUGGAGGAAAGAAGGUCAACAACAUCUGGGGUGCUGUGCUUCAAGAGCAGAACCAAGAUGCGGUGGCCACUGAACUUGGAAUCUUGGGAAUGGAGGGCACCAUUGACAAAAGCAGACAGUCAGAGACCUACAAUUACUUGCUUGCUAAAAAACUUAAGAGGGAGUCUCAAGAACAUACAAAAGAAUUAGACAAAGAGCUAGAUGAAUAUAUGCACAGUGGCAAAAAAACGGGAUCCAGAGAAGAGGAAAACGGGCAAGGUCCCCUCAAACGGAAACGACCUGUCAAGGACAGACUAGGGGACAGACUAGAAAUGAACUAUAAAGGCCGCUAUGAGAUCACAGAGGACGAUUCUCAAGAGAAGGUGGCUGAUGAAAUUUCUUUCAGGUUACAGGAACCAAAGAAAGAUCUAAUAGCCCGAGUAGUGGGGAUAAUUGGGAACAAAAAGGCAAUUGAACUUUUGAUGGAAACUGCUGAAGUAGAGCAAAAUGGUGGCCUUUUUAUAAUGAAUGGUAGUCGAAGAAGAACACCAGGUGGAGUAUUCCUGAAUCUCCUGAAAAACACUCCUAGUAUUAGUGAGGAACAAAUUAAGGACAUUUUCUACAUUGAAAAUCAAAAGGAAUAUGAAAAUAAAAAAGCUGCUAGGAAGAGGAGGACACAAGUGUUGGGGAAAAAGAUGAAACAAGCUAUUAAAAGUCUAAAUUUUCAAGAAGAUGAUGACACAUCACGAGAAACUUUUGCAAGUGACACAAACGAGGCCCUGGCCUCUCUCGAUGAAGUACAGGAAGGGCAUGGAGAGACCAAGCUGGAUGCAGAGGAAGCCAUUGAGGUUGACCACUCUCAUGACUUGGACAUCUUUUAGUACAUUUUAAGGAAUGAGCCUUUCUAAAAUAAUGUUGUAAAAACCAUUUCUACUGAGAUUGCUUUGUUUUACUUUGCACUGGUAAACAUGAAAAUCUGGAAAGAGCUUUUCUUGUUUUAAGUAAAAUUGAACAUGUAGGGAGAUGAAGAUAAUCAGUAGAAACAUUAAAAAUUUUCUGAUGACUGACAAAAUAUCUGAAACUGGAUAGCAGAGGAUUUAAUUUAUCAGUGUGUUGCAUGUACAAGUUAUUACUAGUUGAUAAUCAGUUUUGUCCACUAUAACAUGCCACCCAGAAAUGUGUUUUCUUUUUCUGGUUUAUCUUUGCAGUGAAUUAUGAUGGGCUUCAAAACAUUCCAUUAAAAGAUCUUAAUAAGACAUAAAUUGUUAAGGUAUUACAGAUGCAUUCAAAUUAUUUCUGUGUUCUAAGAACAUUGAGGCAAUUUUAAGGAUAGAUACUAAAACUAAUAUAAGUUUAUACUGAUAGCUCUUCCCACUUCUUUGUCCGGAAGUAAGUAAACAUCAGAAGCUUUUCAAAGAGGUGUUGGUCCUUAACUUGAGUUUUUGACUUUUUAUUAAAGACUAACUUGAUUGUAUGCUAAGUACUGAAUGUGGUCCAUACCUGUAUGAUUACCAUGGACAUUUAAAAAAUUCUCAGUGGUGGUCUGCCUAAGACAAGAGUUACAUUACAUUAAGGAAGUGAGGUAUUAAAAAUGUCACAUCUUCAAUGAAGUUUCAAGUUACUCAUUUUUAUUGAAGGAAAUAAAGGUAGUUUACUUAAGAUGUUCUGGGAAUUGACCAUAGUUCAUAAAAAAAAUAUGUAGGAAGCAGUUAUAAACUAUUCUUUAACACAACAUGCUUGAAGUAUUUCAGGACUAGUCACUGAAGUUGUAUCUAAGGUUCCAAGUAGGAAAAUGGUUAUUCAUUGCUUUUUAUUCGUAAAGAAUGCAAAAAUAAAAUUAGAUUUUUGGCAGUCCUUAA